AUGGUCAACCGCUCUGACGUAAACUACUUCGGCGCAGGCCCCGCCCCGCUGCCCACCGAGGUGCUCGAGAGGGCUUCGCAGGUGCUGCUCAACUACAAAGAUAAAGGCAUUGGCAUUUGCGAAAUCUCGCAUCGCUCGCCAGAGGCCAAUGAGGUUCUCGCCGAGGCAAAACAGGCCCUCACCACUCUACUCGACAUCCCCGACGACUAUGACAUUCUCUUCCUUCAGAGUGGUGGCAGCGGCGAAUUCAGCGCAACGGUAUACAACCUGGUUUCCAUAUGGGUAGAGAAGAAGCGCGCCAAAAUCGCCGAGGAGGUCGGCGACGACAAAGACGAGGUGCUGAAGCGACUACGUAAAGUCGUCGACGAAGAGCUGAAGCUCGACUAUCUCGUCACUGGCUCCUGGUCGCUCAAGGCAUCACAAGAAGCAGCACGUCUCGUGGGUGCCAAGCAUGUCAAUGUCGCAGUGGAUGCGCGCAAAGCCAACGAGGGCAAGUUUGGUAAGAUCCCCUCGGAAGACCAGUGGAACCUCACCCCACGAUCCAAGGGCGGGCCCGCCUUCGUCUACUAUUGCGACAACGAAACUGUGGAUGGCGUCGAGUUCCCUUCCUUUCCAGAGAGUCUCAAGGGUGACGAUGCGCCCCUGGUGUGUGCUGAUAUGUCGUCAAACUUCAUCUCUCGCACCAUCAACGUGCGGGACUAUGCUGUCAUUUUCGGAGGUGCGCAAAAGAAUAUUGGCAACACAGGCAUAGCGAUCGUCAUAUUGCGCAAGUCGCUUCUCCCGCCCCACUCUACACCAGCUUCUCCAGACCUGCUAAGGCAACUGAAUCUGGCGGUCGGACCCAUUGUACUGGACUAUCCAACGAUUGCCAAGAACAACUCGCUGUACAACACACUGCCCAUCUUCGAUGUCUGGGUCGCUGGACAGGUCAUGUCUGGACUCGUAAACACAUACGGUACCAAGCGCAUUGGCGGGCAAGAAGAGAUCUCCAAUGAGAAGACCCGGCUGAUCUAUGGCGCUCUCGAAAAGUAUCCCGAGGUUUACCGUGUGGUCCCGGAUAAAUCUGUGGCGAGCAGGAUGAACAUCUGUUUCCGAGUCAACGGCGGGGACGCGGACAAGGAGAAGGCAUUCUUGACAGGCGCAGAGAAAAGGGGCUUGCUGGGCCUGAAGGGUCAUCGCAGUGUGGGAGGCAUCCGUGCCAGCAAUUAUAAUGCGGUCUCUCUCAACGGUGCCAAACUUCUUGUUUCGUAUCUGGAAGAUUUCGCAAAGUCGACCUAA